CUGCCACCCCCGCCCCCAUCCCCUUCCCAAGAGAUUCAUGAAAUCGCCUCCCCCUUCUUCUGCCGAGAUCCCAAGCGUUGAAACCCCCAAAACCCAGGAACAGGUCGUUAUCCCCAUCGACGAUGGCGAGCUCGCUGAGGAGCCUGUUGUUGAGAACCCAAUCCCGAUCGAUGAGGUUCUUCGAGGAUCGCCCCACGUCGUGGACAGCCCUAAGGUUGCUGCCCAAGCUCCCCCUCCUGCUGCCGCUGACGUCAGUGCUGGGUCCCCACCUGAGAAUGGCAACGAUUCAAGUGAGAUGGUCAACGAGUCCCCUGAGUUCAAGCCAGCAGUAGACAAUGCCCUGGUAGAAGAUCCUCCGGCAACUGCGGGUGCUGCGGGAAACUCUCCGGCGAAGCCGGCAACUGUUGAUGGCCAUGAAGGCCCGAAAACGGAAAUUAGCAUGCUUGACAAGCCUGCAAAGAGAUUUACCAGAUCUUCGCUGAUCGGUCCGGAGACUGAGCAGGAAGGAGUUGCAAUGGAGAACCGCGUUGAAACCAAGGAUUCAUCUUGCUUAUCCGAGAAGCCUACCAGCAGGAGAUUCACCAGGUCGCUGCUCAAGGGGACAGCUGAAGAUACUUCUGCAGGAGAGGUCUCUGCCACCACCACUAGCGGAUCGGAUGGAACCAGAGGCAGUGGGGUCAAUGCUGAUGACGGGUCCUCCGACAUGACCCCCACUAAGAAGAUGGAACUGAAGAUGUCAAAGAAGAUCGCUCUCAACAAACUGCCGACCAACGUCAGGGAUUUGCUUGGAACUGGCUUGCUGGAAGGAUUGCCCGUCAAGUAUGUGGUCUAUGUCGGCAAGCCAUAUGGGCUUGAAGGCGUGAUAAAAGGCAAUGGUAUUUUGUGUUCGUGCUCUUUUUGCAAAGGAGCAAAGGUGGUUUCAGCUUACAAUUUUGAGGUGCAUGCUGGAAGUACAAAGAAACAUCCUUCUGAUUAUAUAUUCUUGGAGAAUGGAAAGAGCCUUCGAGAUGUUUUGAGAGCAUGCACAAGUGCUCCUCUAGAUAUGUUGGAAUCCGCAAUCCAGAAUGUAGUUGGGGUAAUGCCUCCAAGCAAACCCUCUAUCUGUCAGAAAUGUGAAGAAAUAUUUCACACUCCACGCACUGGUAAGUUUGCACUGUUUUGCGACUCCUGUCUUGAACCGACAAAGCAAAUGACUCCCAGACCAUUCCAAGGGUCUCCCAUCCCUGCCAAGUUGCCCAGCAAGGUUUCGGCAGGGGAUGGCUCCAAUGGCUCAUAUAAGAAGAUAUCUUCACAGAAGAAGAGUAUCAUACAAACCAAAGUUUUAGCAGGGGAUGCUUCUGAUGGCUCAACAAAGAACACUUCAUCGCAUAAGAAAGUCGUUGGAAAAUUAACCAGAAAGGAUCUGGGGCUACACAAGUUGGUCUUUAUGGAUGAUAUUUUGCCCGAGGGAACUGAAGUAGGAUACUAUGUUCGUGGAAUGAGAUUACUUAAAGGCUAUAUAAAAGAUUCUGGAAUAUGCUGUGAUUGCUGCAAUAGCGUGGUCAGUCCUUCACAGUUUGAAGCUCAUGCUGGUCGGGCUCAACGACGUAAACCGUACAAUAAUAUUUAUACUUCCAAUGGAGUGUCACUUCAUGAGCUAUCUGUUUCCCUGUCAAAAGGCCGGAAACUGUCAGCUACUGAAAAUGAUGAUCUAUGCAGCAUCUGUGCAGAUGGUGGAGAUCUUCUUCUUUGUGAUCUCUGUCCCAGGGCCUUCCAUAAAGAAUGUGUGGGGUUAUCAAGCAUCCCUAAAGGUGACUGGUACUGUCGAUAUUGUCAAGAUAUGCAUCAAAGAGAGAAGUGCUUAUCAACAAAUGAUAAUGCUAUUGCCGCUGGGAGGGUUGCUGGAGUCGAUCCCAUAGAGCAGAUAAUUACGCGAUGCAUCCGGAUUGUCACCACAUCAACUGAUAUAGGCGGUUGUGCCUUGUGCAGAAGCCAUGAUUUUAGCAGGUCGGGGUUUGAUAAUCGCACUGUUAUGCUCUGUGACCAAUGCGAGAAGGAGUAUCAUGUCGGGUGUUUGAAGGACCAUAAUAUGUGUGACUUGAAGGAAUUGCCUGAAGGGGAAUGGUUUUGUAGCACAAAUUGUAGUAGGAUUCAUGCUGAUUUGCAAGAGUUACUACGCGAGUCAAAGCCGCUUGAAGACAUACAUGUUGAUAUCAUAAUGAAAAAAUGCGAAGAAAAAGGUAUAAAAAAGGAUGCCAAGGAUGAUGUCAGAUGGAGGCUUCUUAGUGGCAAAACAUCUCCUGCUGACUCUAAACUGCUGCUUUCUGAAGCAGUCACUAUUUUCCAUGAAUCGUUUGACCCAAUUGUUGAUGCUGUAACUGGUCGGGAUCUUAUCCCCUCCAUGGUUUAUGGAAGGGAAGUCAGAGAUCAAGACUUUGGAGGAAUGUAUUGCGUCGUAUUGACCUUGAACUCGUCUGUUGUAUCAGCUGGGAUUUUGCGUGUGUUGGGAUGUGAAGUUGCUGAACUUCCAUUGGUUGCCACAAGUAAGGACAGCCAAGGACUGGGUUAUUUCCAAUCUCUUUUUGCAUGCAUCGAAAAAUUGUUGGAAUCUUUGAAGAUUAAGCAUUUUGUGCUUCCUUCAGCUGAUGAAGCUAAAUCUAUCUGGACUAAGAAAUUUGGUUUCAGUAAAAUAACUCAAGAGCAGCUCGUUGAGUAUGCGAAGGGUGCCCGCCCAAUGAUCUUCCAAGGUACAUCUUGGCUUUACAAGCCUGUCCCCUGUACACAGGACUCCUUUUCUGGAAACCCGACCUAGCUGAUUGACAAAGUGUUUCGGUCCUCUUUUAGUUGUAAGGUUGGAAGAGCCGCUCUUUGUUGAUCGCUUUCCAUUUUAGAUGUAUAUAUAAGGUUCAGCUGCAAUGUACAGAAAUGAAAGUUACACCGUGAAAGCAGUUUUUGGGCUACUUUUUCUCGAAAGAAAGGAGGAUGAGUUUUGCAUUCCUUUUCCCCCUUUAAUACGAGGUAGUGAAUGUGUCAGGCUCGGAUGAGAUUAGGACUUUAUAUCGAGCUUUUUUGAAAAUCAAAAUUUUGAGCAAAGUUAUUCUGCGAUCAUUCCAGUCUUUUCCCUUUUUA